AUGCCAAUCAUAAACGUGGAAGAACUGACUGACAAGGACAAGGCUUUAAUGGAAGUAAAUCAACUAAAACUUGAAGUGAAACUUGAAAGGUGGAUGACAUCUAAAUGUUGUGAGGAAAUCAAGGACUACAUUCAGGCUGGAGUGGAGGAGGACACCCUGGUCAAAGGGAUUUCAGAGGAGAAGAACCCCUUCAAGGAGAAAGGUGGCUGUGUCGUCAGCUAGGCUGGGCCUGAUUAGAUUUUCAUAUCUCAAACUGGAACUCGAGGACAUUCUCCCUCCCUUCACAGAAUUAAUUUGCUGACUGAGAAGACUAGAAAGACACAAUAAAGAAAUAAUUUAUAAUACUUCAUGAGAUCCCAUGUAAACAAUUCCCUAUCGUCUGGCUAGAUUUGUAGCCUUGUAAUUUUAUUCUUUGAAAGGAUGUAAUUUACUAUAAAAAAGUUGUAGUUGGCAAGAGU